AUGACCAAGAUCUUCCUUACCGGCGCUACUGGCUACAUUGGCGGUGAUGUCCUCCAUACGCUGUUGAAGUCGCACCCUGAAUACAAAGUUCGGGCCUUGGUUCGCGAUGCUUCGAAGGGAGCAGCCAUAACCAAGAGCUAUAGUCAGGUGCAGCUCGUGACUGGCGGACUUGACGACACAGAUGUUAUUGCACAGGAAGCCCAGGAAGCUGAUGUCGUGCUUCAUCUCGCGGCCACUGGCCACUUGAAGAGUGUCCAGACCAUCUACGAAACUUUCUCGAAAAGGCCUGACAGUGCGAAUCCUCCAUAUUACAUCCAAAUCUCAGGCGCGAGCGCGUUGGCGGCUGGUGAGCUCGCCGACAAGUCGCGAGUCUUUGGUACAGGCAGUGAUGUCAUCUACAAUGAUCUCACUGGUAUCGACUCAAUCAAGUCGCUCAUCAAGCAAUACCCAAGCCGCGCAGUGGACAACUAUAUCUUUUCCGUUUCGGAGCAAACCUCGAAUGUAAAGACAGCGCUUGUUGUUCCUCCCAUCAUUUACGGGCAAGGUCGUGGUCCCGGCAAUCAGCGCAGCAUACAAAUUCCCGGGCUCGCCAAAGCGACAUUGGAGCGCAAGAAGGGUCUGCAGGUUGGCUCUGGUGAAAGUCGCUGGGGGAACAUUCACGUCGCCGAUUUGAGCCGCAUCUUUCUCCGCUUGGUUGAGAAAGCGGUUGAGGGCAAUCAAGAUGAGAACAUUUGGGGAGCAAAUGGACUCUUUUUCACGGGUGCUGGAGAAUUGGUGGGUUUUGCAUCCCUAACUGAGCAAAACUUGGUGCUAACAGAUUGGCUACAGUCAUUUGCCGAGAUUUCACGUCGCAUCGCUGUCGCUGCAAAUGACUUUAAUCUCAUUCCGACGACAGAAGUUGACAAUCUCGAUGCAAAGGAGAUAGACAGCAUCAUUCCCCACGGUUCUGUCCUGUUGGGAACAAACGCGCGCGCCGGAGCUGAUCGGGCUCGAAAGAUCCUCGCCUGGGAGCCAGAACAUGAAAGCUUGGAAGAGUAUAUCCCAACCACAGUAAUUCAAGAGGCCGAGGCACUUGGCAUUAAGGGUAAGAAUCCCAAAUCCAAGCUUUGA